AAUUGUAUUUCUCGUCAAAUAAGCACAAAAUUCACACUUUUUUUAAAUGUACGUAUCAUUUUAUUUCCUCAGAUGGGGAGACAUUCAGCUAGAAACUGGAUCAGAUGGCAUUGAAUACCUCCGACUGCAAGAAAGGCAAACGAAAACAAGAACCGGAAGUAACGUCCAUGAUGUGCGACAGAUUACACCAAAAAUCUUUGCAACUGCUGAUGAUCCCGAACGCUGUCCAGUGGGAAUGUACAAAUUGUACAAGAGUAAACGGCCGCAGACAUUUUGUGAACCAGAUCAUCCUUUUUAUAUCGCACCUCGCACAAGCUCCCAGACAAUUGACAAUAACACUUGGUUCAUGAAAAUAAAGCUUGGAGAAAAGAAACUUGGCAGUUUAUUGAAGAUAAUGGCUGCUGAUGGAGGGCUCGAUGAAAGUAAAAGAUUGACCAAUCAUUCAACCCGCAAGCAUCUUGUCCAGAAACUUCGUGACUCAGGAAUCGCACCUACAGACAUCAUGCAAAUUAGCGGCCACAAAAACAUUCAGUCUGUUAUGAAUUACUCCGCCAUGUCCGAGGAAAAGCACAAGCAGUGUUCAAGAAUACUUUCCACUGUAAGACCAAGUUCUGACAGGCCAUCAUCCUCAGCCAGCAGCUCAAGUGUUAGUGAUGGUGUAUUUCCUGCCAUUGCCCAACCAUGUCAAUCUGCAUCUCAUUCUCUGCCAUUUGUUCAGUCUGUGCCUGUGUCAUCUGCAAGCUCAAGUACAAGUUCUUGUACACUGUCACAUGAUGUGUCGCCUCCAAAUCCUGAACCACGAAGUGACUAUGAGAUAGAAACUGUCAACAUUAGUAAUCACAAAGUUCGUGCACAAGAAUAUCAAAAUGAUCAAAGCAGGCCUAACGUACAUGUACCAGUGCCAGUACCAGACCCAUGUCCGGUUUCUUCAAAUUCUACUGGAAACUCCAUUUCAGUUGUAAACGACACUGUUACUCUAAACACACAGAUGAAUUCUCUGUUUUCUGGUGCAGUGUUAAAUAUCCAAAACUUCAACAUGUUCAUGAAAUAA